AUGUAUCACCCGAGGGUGGCCGCAUUCGUCUUAAUGCUGUCUGUAUUGCUGCGUUGCAUCGCCGCGGCCCCGAGCAAGAGACACUCGAGUUCCAGCUCGUUCAGCGACGUGGAGAGCGCUCUGCCCGAUGGCGAAGAAUGGUCCUUGCCCAUGUUCCCCUUCUCCAACCCUUUCCUCAGCCUCAUGGCCACACGAUCCCAACAAGGAGAUACGAACAGUCACUCCGUCCAAAAGAGAAAGUGCAACACGGCCACCUGUGUCACCCAAAGACUAGCAGACUUUCUGGUGCGUUCCAGUAAUACCAUCGGUACCGUGUACGCGCCAACCAACGUGGGAUCUGCCACCUAUGGCAAGAGGGACCUACUUCUGCCUCCCAACUACUCCCUCCCUCUCUAGUACAUAUGACCAAUGAUGACUGUAUAUGAUAA